GGGAAGUUUUCGUGAUUUUUCCUAGAUUAGAUAACAAAAAAGGGUCGGGGCGUAGGGUUUCCUCGCUAAAAACCAAAGCAGAAAUCGGGAAUGGGUGGCGGCACAUCAUUCGAAAGACUCCUACCGCACGCGGCAAUUCGAAAUACUGUUGGCCAGUGGCAGCCCACCCGCUGAAAGACCCUGAAAACCGUGUGCUCCGCCUGGCUCGCUCGCGCAAUCACUCGUGCAAAUUGCAAAACCCAUCAACCAUCGUCCUGCCCCUAACUUAUUUGUUUCUUCUUGUUCCCUGCAUCUAUAUCUUAUGCUAGAAAUGAUUGUAGUAAAUGCAACUAUAUCCCUUCCCCUAUCAAACUAUCAAAUCAUUUAAAACUGCUCAUCAUCUAACCACCGAGUGCUGUUUGAAAUAAUGUGCAGAGGGUCUCAAGGUAUCGAAGAGCGAGAGCCCUUGAAGAUCAAAGCUUUUCACGUACAUUUAUCGUUCUCCAUCACCACCAACUUGCUUCAGAUCAAGAAACCGGCCUUCUUGUAUGAUUCUCUAACCCUGCAUUUCCUUCCUCGAAUCAAUGGUGCUUCCUUGGAGAUCGAGGGGUCGAGCCUUCGUCCCGAUACCCCUGGCUUUAUUACACUGCACCCACUUGUAUCUUCUUCGGCCGCCGCCCAUCAUCAUCAUCAUCAGUACGGUAGUAGGGAGAGAGUGAGGGUUAGCGAAGGCUCCCGCUUUGAGAUCUACGCUAGUGAUGAUGUCAAGUUGUUGAAGGGAACUUUUAGGAAGGACGGCGAUCGCGAUAAUGAGGAUCCGCGGGGAGUAGCGGAUGUCAAUAAGUGGAAAUUGGAUUGUAGGUGCCAGUUGGAGUUGGAGGAGGAUUCUCAUUUUCUGCGGGAGGCUGAGGUGUGCGUUGAGGUGGAAGGACGCGGGGUGGGGUCCAUGAUCAGCGACAAGGUGGCGAUGGUACUCCCCAGGAGAAGGGGAAGGCGGCACUGUUUUGAAUGGUUGGAGGAGAUUCCUGAGGAGAGGGAAGUUGAUGAAUCUGAUGGCGGCGGCUGCUGCUGCUGCUCCUCCUGCGGUUCUGAUGAUGAGAAAGCCGGGAGGGACGAGAGUGUCGGGGACCGGCGGAUGGACGACGGUACUUGUAGUACGGAUACAGUUACAGUACCAGAAGCAGAAGGAGGCGGAUAUUGGGCCGCUGUGGAAGGUGUUUGGAUUUGGGUCAUGUGCUUGGGUGGUGUUGCCUACUUGCUUUCUAAAACUUCUUCCACCCGGGUCCUUGCUAGAACCACAAGGCAAAACGGAUUAUCGUUUUUCAACAAAAUCAAAUACUAGUGGUAGUAGUAGAAUUUACUAAUUUCCUGGUUACUUUCCGAUUUGUUUAUUUUUAUUUUGACUUUCCCCGCUUUUUGGUGAGUGUAUAGCAUCCAGAAACGCGGCAAAGACGAUUAUUUCGUGGAUUUGCAUUUGUCCAGUUCUCUGUGGGUCGACCCUGUUCUUCUCUCUCUUCUGGGAAUGGCAGGCCUCGGACAUUAAGUCAUUUUGAAUGGCAGUUGGAUUAACAGGAGUUCCAAUAAU